GAUGUUGUGAGAAAGUGGUUCGCACGAGAUGAGCAAAUUACUGCCACACUUGAAUCACUAGCUGAAAAUGCUGAAGAAUCUGCGAGACUUAUUCAACAAGGUGUCUUUCCAAUGGUACAAGUUGAACGUUAUUACGAAAGCAAAAAGCGUUUGGCACCUGGUUGUGAGCCGAUUUUUGUAAAGAAAUUGAUUGAUGAUCUGAAAUCAGCGGGUCUUGUUGAGGCAGCUUGGUUGAGUGGGGCCGGGGGUGGAGGUUUUCUAUGUGUUUGGCUUAUGGAUGGCAUUUCGAGGCAUAUUUUGACAGAAUAUUUGCGCAAGAACGAUGUUAGUUUCAAUGAUAUUUGA